AUGGCAACUGAGGAAGGAAACGUCGUUGGCACGGAAGCACAGGAGCAAGCUCUUGCUCAACAGGAGCAAGCUCACCCCAGGUCCAAGCGAGAACGAGGCCGGAGCAGGGCACCCGCAGGUGAGUCCCUUGAACCUCGUGUUGGUAGCUUGGAAUCUAACAUGGAGGAAGUGAGAACUACUAUAGGGGGACUCAACGAUCAACUCAACAAUCUCCUCCAAGAGAAUGCUGAGAUAACACGGGCUGCCAAGUUGAUGAUUGCAGACCUUAACGAUGAUUUAGGGGAAGACAUUCGUUCCCUCAGACGUGAUCUCGCCGAUCUCCGCAAAUAUGUAAGAGAUGAGGUACGAGGUCUACGCUCUCAAAUGGAUGAGAUUCGUCAUGAAUGGGAUUCUCAUCACUGUGUGAGUAGCCCUAUUAGUGGUAGUACUUCAAACGCCACUUCUCAGGGUCUGAAAGUGCCCAAGCCGGCCAUGUACAAUGGGGCUCGUAGUGCUACAAUUGUGGAGAAUUUUCUCUUUGGCCUAGAACAGUACUUCGAGGCCAUGGGAGUCUCUAACGACUUGAUCAGAAUCAACAAUGCUUCAACUUUUCUCCGGGAUGCAGCCCAACUAUGGUGGCGCAGAAAGCAUGCCGAACGAGAAAAGGGCCUUUGCACUCUCAACACAUGGGAGUUGUUCAAGUCAGAACUCCGCAAGCACUUUGUUCCCCACAAUGCUGAGACAGAGGCUCGAGGUAAGCUUCGUAGAUUGAGACAAACUAGUAGUAUUCCUGACUACAUUAAAGAGUUUACUACCAUUAUGCUCGAGAUUGAGGACUUGUCCGACAAGGAGGCUCUUUUCUACUUCAUGGACGGACUUAAAGACUGGGCGAGAGUAGAACUCGAUAGACGUAAAGUGCAAACUCUAGAUGAGGCAAUUGCUGCUGCUGAGUCUAUAAUCGACUACUCCACCAAGUCCAAAAAGCCUAAUCCUGGUAGCAGUGGAGGAGACAAAGGAGGACAAAAGAAGAAUUUCGAUCGUAAGGAUGGUGGUAGAUUCUUUGGUGGGAGUUCUAGACAGGAUAAACCACCCUCAAUCAGGCGUGAUGCCUCAAAGCCACCGAGGCCAUGCUUCGUGUGCGAUGGUCCACACUGGACUCGGGACUGCCCCAACCGCAAGGCUAUGAAUGCCUUGGUCGCUGAGAUGAAAGAAACCCGGGACAAGGAGCAACAGAUUGACCUUGGUUCCCUCCAACACUUGAAUUCCUUAACUGGACUCUUUUCCCCAUCUAAGAAGGAAGAGAAGGGUCUACUUUAUGUUGAUCUUGCCAUUCAAGGCAAGUCCGCCUCUGCCAUGCUCGACACAGGAGCAUCUCACAAUUUCAUCGAGGCUGAAGAAGCUAAGAGAUUGGGUAUCCAACUCAACAAAGGAGAAGGCACCAUCAAGGCGGUGAAUUCCCCAGCCAAACAAGUCCUUGGGAUUGCCAAGGAUGUGAAGGUGAAGAUCGGGGACUGGCAAGGUACGUUAGACUUUACUGUUGUCCCUAUGGAUGAUUUUAAAGUUGUAUUGGGACUUGCUUUCUUUUGCAAAGCACAUGCCUUCCCUAUUCCCGAAGCCAAGUCUAUGGUGGUCAUUGACUCCAACAUGAUCCGAGUAAUCCCCUUGAAACGCUUGGAGAAAUCCAAUCCAAUGAUUUCUGCCUUACAAUUCAAGAGGGGUCUCAAGAAUUCAGAAGGGUAUAUUGCCACUGUACGUUCAUUGGCCGAGGAAGAGGAUGGCCCAACCAAGCCACGGGAAACCUUGCCACCUGGUAUCCAAGAGGUACUACAGGAGUACAAGCACGUCAUGCCCGAUGAGUUGCCCAAGAAACUACCUCCCAGAAGAGAGGUAGACCAUCAGAUCGAGUUGGAGCCUGGUGCCAAACCACCUGCCUUGGCACCUUACCGCAUGUCACCUCCAGAACUUGUAGAGUUAAGGAGACAACUGCAAGAUCUCCUUGAUUCAGGAUAUAUUCAACCAUCUAAGGCCCCAUAUGGUGCUCCAGUCCUUUUCCAGAAGAAGAAGGAUGGAUCGUUGCGAAUGUGCAUCGACUACAGGGCCUUGAACAAGAUUACUAUUAAGAAUAAGUACCCGAUACCUUUGAUCGCCGACUUGUUCGAUCAGCUUGGAAAAGCCAGGUACUUCUCUAAGCUUGAUCUCCGAUCCGGGUACUAUCAAGUACGCAUCGCCGCAGGUGAUGAACCGAAGACAACCUGCGUGACGAGAUAUGGAGCAUUUGAGUUCCUUGUCAUGCCUUUUGGACUGACAAAUGCCCCGGCAACGUUCUGCACGCUCAUGAACAAGUUGUUCCACCCUUACUUGGACCAGUUCGUAGUGGUAUACUUGGAUGACAUCGUAGUAUAUAGCAACACUCUUGAAGAGCAUGCUCAACACUUGAAGAAAGUCUUCCAGGUACUCUCUGAUCAUGAACUUUACAUUAAGCUGGAAAAAUGUUCUUUUGCCAAACAAGAGGUGGACUUCUUGGGGCACAAGAUCAAGGAUGGAAAGCUCAUAAUGGACCCAACUAAGGUUCGAGCCAUUCAAGAAUGGCAGCCUCCUACCAAGGUCCCAGAGUUAAGAUCAUUCCUUGGUCUGGUGAACUACUAUCGGCGGUUCAUCAAGGGGUAUUCAACUAUCACUGCUCCAUUAACAGAUUUGCUCAAGAAGAACAAAUCUUGGCAUUGGUCACAAGAUUGCCAGGAUGCCUUCAACAAGCUGAAGCAGAUGGUCGCGCAAGAGCCUGUUAUGUCCUUGCCCGACUACUCCAAGCCAUUUGAGGUACACACCGAUGCCUCAGACUUUGCAAUAGGAGGCGUGUUAAUGCAAGAAAGACACCCUAUUGCAUACGAGAGCCGCAAGCUCAAUGACACAGAGAGGCGCUACACGGUGCAAGAGAAAGAAAUGUCUGCCAUUAUCCAUUGUCUACGAACCUGGCGUCAUUACUUACUUGGGAGUAAGUUCACUAUUAUGACGGAUAAUGUUGCUACGAGCUACUUCCAAACACAAAAGAAGCUCAGCCCGAAGCAAGCUCGCUGGCAAGAUUUUCUUGCUGAGUUUGAUUAUCGGUUGGAGUACAAGCCAGGCAAAGCAAACGUAGUGGCGGAUGCCUUAAGCCGGAAAGCCGAGUUAGCCACUCUCUCAGCAAGCAUGCCCCAGAAUGACUUCCUUGAACGAAUCAAGGAAGGUAUGUCUCAGGACUCAUCUGCAAGCAACUUAGUAAAGCUUGCUACUGAAGGCAAGACUCGAAGAUUUUGGGUGAAUGAUGGAAUACUCUACACCAUUGGGAACCGAGUCUAUGUGCCGAAAUGGGGCAACCUUCGAAGGGAUGUCCUAAAAGAGUGCCAUGAUUCCAUGUGGGCCGGACAUCCAGGUAUGGCACGAACACUUGCCACUCCAUACAAGGGAGACAAUCCAGCUGCCUAUAAGUUUACCAAAGAAUGGCAAGAAGAAGCCGACAUUACUCGUGCAUGCCUGGAUAAAGCUUCUCGAAAAAUGAAGAAGUGGGCAGACAAGAAGCGGCGCCCCAUUGAAUUUCAAGUAGGUGACUUGGUCAUGGUUAAGUUAUUACCGAAUCAAUUCAAGUCACUACGCAAAGUCCACAAAGGCUUGGUCAGGAGAUAUGAAGGCCCUUUCCCUAUCAUUAAACGUGUGGGAAAGGUUGCGUACCAGGUACAACUCCCUCCCAAGCUUAAGAUUCAUCCUGUCGUCCAUGUUAGUCUCUUGAAGAAAUACUAUGGAGACGAAGAAGAUCCAUCUCGAGGUAUCUCUAAGAGAGCACCGACAGCGGUCAUCACCGAGUACGACAAGGAGAUAGAAGAGAUCCUCGCCGACAGGGUGAUCAGGAAGAGAGGAGUUCCCAACUACACCGAGUACUUAAUCAAGUGGAAGGGUCAACCAGACUUUGAAGCUAGUUGGGAACGUGAAGACCUCCUGUGGCAGUUCACUGACCAAAUCCAACGCUACAAGGAGGAAGGCGCGACGAGGGCGUCGCGAAAUCAAGUGGGGGAGAAUGUCACGUUUCGUCAUUUUUCACAAGGUUAA